AUGUUGUUGUCUUCUUUCACAGCCUACUCUAAAUCAUGUGUGAUGGCUCUUCCUCACACACACUCACAAGCCUUCUCUUCGUCCACAUCUUCUCUUUUAAUAUCAACCUCAAACUCCUUCAGCAAUAUUCUUGGUCGUGCCAUACAAUUCUGGAGUCCUCUCCAUUGAUUGAGUUGAGAAUAUGCCGGGACUAAGAGCGCCUUCCGACUAUUCCCAAGAACCUCCUCGCCACCCUGCUCUUCUCGUUAAUUCUAAGGAGCCUUUCAAUGCGGAGCCACAUCGUUCAGCUUUAGUUUCAUCUUAUGUGACGCCUGUCGAAUUCUUCUAUAAGAGGAACCACGGACCAGUUCCAGUAGUCGAUGACAUUGACAAAUACAGUGUUUCUAUCAGGGGCCUAAUAGAACAUCCCAAAGAGCUCUACAUGAAAGAUAUCCUGAAGCUUCCAAAAUAUGCCAUCGCUGCCACCCUACAGUGUGCUGGCAAUAGGAGGACGGCCAUGAGCAAAACUCGAAAGGUUAGAGGAGUUGGAUGGGACAUUAGUGCCAUAGGAAAUGCUGUUUGGGGUGGGGCAAAAUUAGCAGAUGUUCUCGAACUGUUUGGUAUUCCUAAGUCCUCAAAUAAAUCACCGUGUGGGGGAAGACAUGUAGAAUUCAUAAGCAUCGAUAGGUGUAAGGAAGAGAACGGAGGCCCUUAUAAAUCAUCAAUUCCAUUAAGUCAGGCCACAAACCCUGAAGCUGAUGUUUUACUAGCUUAUGAGAUGAAUGGAGAGACUCUUAACAGGGAUCAUGGAUAUCCCCUGCGCGUGAUUGUCCCUGGUGUUAUUGGUGCUCGUUCUGUCAAAUGGCUUGAUUCCAUCAAUAUCAUUGCAGAAGAAUGCCAGGGCUUCUUUACGCAAAAGGAUUAUAAAAUGUUUCCACCUUCAGUCAAUUGGGAUAACAUCGAUUGGUCGACAAGGCGGCCACAAAUGGAUUUUCCUGUUCAGAGUGCAAUAUGUUCUCUCGACGAUGUAAACAAUGUAAAACCUGGAAAGCAGAUAAAUAUCAAGGGUUAUGCAGUAUCAGGAGGCGGACGAGGCAUAGAGAGAGUUGAUGUAUCCAUAGAUGGUGGGAAGACGUGGGUGGAAGCCUCCAAAUCUCAGAAAGCUGGAAUUCCAUAUAUUUCUGAUGAUACAAGUAGUGAUAAAUGGGCAUGGGUGCUUUUUGAGGCUGAGGUCGACGUCCCAGAGACCACUGAAAUUGUUGCCAAAGCGGUGGAUAUAGCUGGAAAUGUCCAACCGGAAAAUGCAGAAGUAAUUUGGAACUUGAGGGGGAUACUAAACACCUCAUGGCAUCGAGUUAAUGUUCAGAUUAGUCACUCUAAUCUGUAGGCAAAAGCAGUGAGGCCCUUCCCUACCACCCUUCUGCAUGGACAGCAAACUGUUAAGCGCCUGAGAAGUGAUAGAUAUUGGUAUAAGAGAUAUUUGCCAUCCCUUGUGAUUUUUAGGCGAUAGUUCUGAUUUUCCUCUGUUUUGUUUAAAUGGUAUAUCUGUUGCCUCUUGGUAACAAAUUCUUUGUUUCCAUGCUUGCUUCUAUGCCUCAUUGCUAAA